AUGUUAUUUUGGCUCCUGCUGCCACUGGCCGCUCAAUCUCUGGCUGGGCCUCUGCCCGCCAAGGAAAAAGACAGCCGGGUGCUAGCUGAGAGGUACCUUCGGAAUUUCUAUGGCCUUCCAGCUGGUCUGCAGGCUCAGAGGAGGACAGCAGAAGACUUUAAAUCGAAGCUUAAGGAAAUGCAAAAGUUUUUCAAACUUGAGGUGACAGGUAACCUAGAUGAUAACACUGUAGAUCUGAUGACUCAGGCAAGAUGUGGUGUGCCCGAUAUUGGCGAAUACAACCAUUUCCCUCGCCACCUCAAAUGGAAAAAUAACAUUGUGACUUUUAGGAUUUUAAAUUACACUCCAGAUCUGAGAAAGUCCGAUGUGGACCGAGCCAUCCGCAUGGCUCUCAAUGUGUGGUCUGCUGUGACACCGCUGACCUUUAAGAAACAGUACUACGGAAAUGCUGACAUAAUGAUCAGCUUUGGAAGAAAAGAGCAUGGCGACCACAAUCCUUUUGAUGGUCCUAACGGACUGCUGGCUCACGCUUACCCGCCGGGCAAAGGCAUUGGAGGAGACACCCACUUUGAUGAAGAUGAACACUGGAGCAAAGAUUCAUCAGCUUACAAUCUGUUCAUCGUGGCAGCACAUGAGCUGGGCCACGCCCUUGGUAUGUCGCACUCCACUGACUCAGGGGCACUCAUGUACCCCAUCUACUCGUACGCUAAAGGAUAUCCGCUCGCUGAGGAUGACGUUAGAGGCAUCCAGGCCCUUUAUGGUCCGAACCCUGACCAUAAGAAAGUCAAGCCAAAGCCAGAUGCCCCCCAGAAGUGUGACCCUGCAUUGAGUUUUGAUGCUGCUACAGAACUCAGAGGAGAAACCAUCAUCUUUAAAGACAAAUUCUACUGGCGCAUCCACCCGCAGAUGCUUGAACCACAGCAAAUACUGAUCAAAUCCACUUGGCCAUCCAUCCCAAGCAAAAUAGAUGCAGCCUAUGAAAACCCAGAGAAUGACCGGGUCAUCAUUUUCAGUGGUAUCCGCAUGUGGGCUCUGAAUGGAUACAACCUUGUGGAUGGUUAUCCAAAGUACAUACACAAACUAGGACUUCCCAAGCGUGUGAGGAAUGUGGAUGCGGCAGUUUACAUCAAAGACACAAGGAAAACUCUCCUCUUCCACGAUGAGGAGUAUUGGAGUUAUGAUGAAGCUAGAGGAACUAUGGACAGUGGCUACCCACGAUCCAUAGAGACAGAUUUUCCUGGAAUGGACGACGAGGUUGAUGCUGCAGUUUAUCAUUAUGGAUUCUUGUAUUUCUUCCAUGAUAACAAGCAGUUUGAGUACAAUUACAGGUCGAGGAAGGUCAUACGCAUCCUGAGAACCAACUUUAUUCUUGGUUGCUGA